AUUCAAUUCAAUACCUUCUUUUAAAAAAAAAAACCACAUCCCCACAUCCCCACAUCCCCUCGUUCCCAUUCCAAUUCACUCACUCUCUUUCGCAAUACUAAAACCGCUAACCGGAGAUGUACGGGCAAAGUACCUACGAAUCAGAUUUGGCCCUUUUGGAUUCUAUUCGCCGCCACUUGCUGGGCGAGUCCGAAUCCAUAUUCGGAGCCCCGACGAGUGUUUCCGGUAACGCCCGUGUCUACUCUCGGAGCUCCAGUUUCAGCAGCUUGUACUCGUGUUUGAGUGAUAAUUGGGGCGAACUUCCGCUAAAAGAGGACGAUUCCGAAGACAUGGUGCUCUACGGCGUGCUCCGUGACGCCGUUAACGUUGGCUGGGUCCCAUCUCUCGAUGCCCGGUCACCCGAAAGCAUUUCGUCGGAUUUUCCUGCCGAGAUUGCGGUUAAAUCCGAGCCUGAUGUGAUGCCGCCGGCGAACAGUCCCCCAGCGGUUGUGCCCGUGAUUUUGCCGGAGAAGAAGGUUUCUCCAGCGAAGGGGAAGCACUACCGCGGCGUGCGGCAACGGCCGUGGGGGAAGUUCGCGGCGGAAAUUCGGGACCCGGCGAAGAACGGUGCUAGGGUUUGGCUUGGAACGUUUGAGACCGCUGAGGAUGCUGCGUUGGCUUACGAUCGUGCCGCGUACCGGAUGCGAGGGUCGAGGGCGUUGCUGAAUUUUCCGCUUCGGGUUAACUCCGGCGAACCCGACCCGGUUAGGGUUACGUCGAAACGGUCUUCGCCGGAGCGUUCGUCUUCGUCGGAGAGUGGGUCGUCGGCGAAGAGGAAGAAAGUGGGGGUGACGGGUCAGGGGCAAGUGGGAAGUCAAGUGGCGGAGUGUACACGUGGCGAACAGUUAUUGGUUAGUUGAUGCAUAGUGCAAAGACAAGAGCCAAUGUGGUUCUGUACUUGAGAAAUUUUAGGGGAACCAAUACUGUUGUGUUUAUUAAAUACACUUUGUAAUUAUCUGAGAGAUGCGUGUGUGGCACUUACCUACCAUCCAAGCCAAUUUUGGAAGCAAGAAUAAAAGUGGAAGAUGAAAGAGAAAAUUUUAAAAGAGAGAGGA